AUGCGUGGAGAAGCUGGUCGUUCAGCAAUUUCUAUUCCUGCGAUUCCUGGAGAUACUGGGUCGUUAGGUGAACAGGGUCCUCCUGGACUGUCUGGAUCUGCAGGUGAACCAGGUCGUCCUGGCUUAGAGGGAUCCCCUGGGCCUCAAGGACCGCCAGGUGCUAAUGGCAAGGUGGGACCGCAAGGAAUUCCUGGCGAAACAGGUUCUCGUGGUGUUCAGGGUUCUCCCGGAGAGCGGGGAAUUUGUCCAAAAUAUUGUGCGUUAGAUGGCGGUGUUUUCUUUGAGGAUGGAACUCGACGUUGA